AACCCUAUCACCAUAGCGAAGUUCCAGUCUCGCAGCGCGGCGAUGGCCUCGAGAUCCUUCGCCGGUGUCCUGAAAAGCUGUCGGAACCCCUCGAGAAUCAUCAACGCCUUCUUGAUGAGGCCGUACUCCGCGUACCUAAGGUACGUCAAGAAGGACCUGUUCUCGAGAAUCAGUCCGAUCGGCGACCCGAAGAAGAGCGUCGUGCCGGUUCUCGAUAAGUGGGUCGAAGAGGGCAACAAGGUCAAGGGUCUUGACCUCAAGCGCAUCAUUCGCGACCUCCGAUCUCGGAGGCGAUAUACUCAUGCCCUUCAGGUUGCUGAGUGGAUGAGCAGCAAGACAGAGGGGUUAUUAACGCCUGCGGACCAUGCUCUGAAGCUAGAUCUAAUUGGUAAAGUUCAAGGGCUGGAUGUCGCAGAAAACUAUUUUAAUAACUUAAGGGAUCAAGACAAAGUCGAGAAAACAUAUGGUGCUCUUCUGAAUUGUUAUGUCAGGGAAUGCGCUACCGACAAAUCUCUUUCCCUUCUGCGAAAAAUGAAAGAGAUGGGUUAUGCUUCAUCUGCUCUGACGUACAAUUGUGAGAUGUGCCUCUACACAAACGUUGGCCAGCUCGAAAAGGUUCCCAACGUGCUUUCAGAAAUGAAGGAAGCCAAUAUUUCUCCUGAUAACUUCACCUACAGAAUUUGCUUGAAUUCUUACGGUGCAAGAUCUGAUAUGGAUCAUAUGGAGGAUCUUCUGAAAGAAAUGGAGUGCCUCCAGCACAUGUCCGUGGACUGGUCCACUUAUUCAGUUGUGGCUAAUCAUUUCAUAAAAGCCGGCAUCAAAGAAAAAGCUCUGAUUUAUCUGAGAAAAUGUGAGGAGAAUGUGCAAAGAGACUCACCUGGAUAUAACCAUUUAAUCUCACUCUAUUCAGCUCUUGGGAACUGUAAGGAAGUGAAGAGGUUGUGGGCCCUUAGAAAAGCAGUGCGCAAGAGGCAGUCUAACAAAGAUUACAUUACUAUGCUAGGUUCCUUGGUGAAGCUUGGGGAGAUUGAAGAGGCUGAGAAAUUGCUUCGUGAGUGGGAAGCGUCUUGUGAAUUCUAUGAUUUCCGCGUGCCAAAUACCCUCCUCAUUGGAUACUGUCAGAAGGGAUGGCCUGAAAAGGCCGAGCAAAUGCUACUUGAGAUUAUCAAGCUAGGGAAGACUCCCAUACCAAAUAGUUGGUCCAUUGUCGCGGCAGGUUACGUAGACAAGGAUAACAUGGAGAAGGCUUUUGAGUGCAUGAAAGAAGCCCUGGCUUUACAGUCCCAAAGCGAAGCAUGGCGACCCAAAAACCAGGUGGUCUCAAUCAUACUGAAUUGGGUUAAAGUGAACAGAGCAAGUGAAGUAGAAUCCUUUCUUAGUUUGUUGAACACUGUACCGUCCUUCGAUCAAAAGGCGAUCAAUCUGCUGGAGACAGUCAGUGCUGACAGCUCCAAUGAGGAUAUUAUGCAAGAGGAGAAUCUUUAAAAGGAAAAGGUUGGAUUUGUUAAACAAACGGUUGCCUUAAGGAUUCAGAAAAUUGGGCCGUAUAUCUUUGAAUCUGCUUGUUGAUGUUCGAUGUUUCAGUAUCCAGUUGAGAAGAAGAUUCCCUAUUCCUGGAAAAUAUCUGGGCCUUUUCUUUCUCUCUGGUAUAUCUUUUAUACUAAAAUAUAGUAGCUUUGCUGUAGUAAGCAAAUUCGAUGGUCUGUCUUUCUUCCAUCAGACCAUGCCUAUAACGUUCCAUGUUAGCACUUUCAAUUUUGCUUUUACCAGGGACUUUGUUGCCGGGUCUCGUCGCCAGCUCCUCUUUCUUUAAGAGCUCCUUUUCCUCACAGACUAAGGGAUGAACCACUGUACCUAAUAGCAGUUAUAUAAAGCAUUGCUGCCGCUUCCUUUGCUAGUGCUUCGUCCCUCACCUCACAACACCCGCGGCUACUUUACAUUCACUGACUUUUCAAGUUGCAAUUGUUGACUUACAACGAGGGAAAGCAUUCCUUCUCUAUACUUGGAUGGAAGUGCGGCAGAGAAGUGACGGUCAGUAUUUGCUUUCGCUUUUAUGUAUCCAGUGAUGCAGGAGACUGUUACACAAUGCCGUAAACACGCACCAUGACAUGCCAAGGAAAAGGCGGAUGAUGAUUGAAAGUGUUUUGAUGCAUGGAAGGAAGAAGAAAAUGUAAUGUUGAAUGCGCACCAGCCAUCGAAGGAGACGAGGCAUGACCAUGAUUCAUGGAAGGGCGAUGGGGAAAAAGACUAGUGUCAAUCACUUUGCUGUUGUUCUAGUUUUCCUUGUUGUAAGUGAAUGAUAUCAGUAUUGUGUGGUUACUUGUUCCCUGAAUAGAUUCAGUGGACUUCGAAGAAAUCACUUUUCUUUCGCGGUUUCUACUCAUUGCCUUAGUUUGAUGCAAGUACUGCUGAUUUCUUGUU